CGAUUAUUAGAUCAUAAAUGCAAGGAAAAGGAAUUAAAAUAGAGUUUGGAAAAAGGAGUAUAUAGUGAAUUAAUUGUUCCUUUGAUUUCCCGCUUUUUUCUUUUUUUGUUAUUAUAUAUUUAUUUGUAGAGGCAAUGGGUGUAAUUUAAUUGAAAACUGUAGGGGCAGUUUCGGCUGUUGAUGAUGCUCAAGCUGACGGCAACCGCCACCUUUCCUUCCUUCUUCGGCGUUCGAGGAUUCGUAAACUACAGUUACGCAACGGAGAGAUUCCGAGAGAGACUCAAAGAGAGUACCGGCGAAAGUGUGGGACAGGUUGCGCAUGCUAGCUAGAGCUAGAAAAUGGUGAUGCCGGAGUCGUCUGAGGCCCACCGGACCGCGUCUCGUCGAGCGAAUCGCCCGCCGACUCGACCUCUAGUCGGACCUAGGGUUCCGCUGAGACGGUUACUCCGUGUCGCGUCUAUCGCAUGUGGAAUUCAAUUCGGUUGGGCUUUGCAGCUCUCUCUUCUCACUCCUUAUAUUCAAGAGCUCGGUAUUCCUCACGCUUGGUCUAGUCUCAUAUGGCUCUGCGGACCGCUUUCUGGCCUCCUUGUCCAGCCGCUUGUUGGUCAUAUGAGCGAUCACUGCACCAGCCGAUACGGCCGCCGGAGGCCGUUCAUCGUCGCUGGUGCGCUUUCCAUACUACUUGCCGUUUUGAUUAUCGGUCACUCGGCGGACCUCGGUUGUUUGAUGGGGGACAGAGGUGAUGUUAGGCCUCGUGCGAUUGGGUUCUUUGUAGUUGGUUUUUGGAUUCUCGACGUUGCUAACAACGUCUCCCAGGGUCCUUGUAGAGCUCUGCUUGCUGAUCUUACCGGAAGGGAUCAUCGAAGGAAUCGAGUGGCAAAUGCUUAUUUUUCUCUAUUUAUCGCUAUUGGUAAUGUUUUUGGAUAUGCGACUGGAUCUUUUAGUGGCUGGUACAAGAUCUUCCCGUUUACUCUUACCUCUGCGUGUUCUGUUAAUUGUGCAAAUCUCAAGUCAGCUUUCUUGAUUGAUAUCAUGUUCAUUGCAAUUACAACAUAUUUGAGUGUAUCAGCAGCUCAAGAGUUACCUCUAGUUUCAAGUGACAGGUCCUCCCUGGUUUUAGAAGAAGGUAUGGGGCAGUCAAGUCAUGCUUCAGAAGCAUUUUUCUGGGACUUGUUUCGCACUUUUAGACACUUCUCUGGGUAUAUAUGGGUAAUUUUGCUCGUCACUUCCCUGACAUGGAUAGCAUGGUUUCCAUUUAUUCUCUUUGAUACUGAUUGGAUGGGUAGAGAGAUUUAUGGUGGCAAGCCAAAUGAAGGACAGGCUUAUAGUUCUGGAGUCAGAAUGGGAGCAUUUGGUCUGAUGUGUAACUCUGUUGUCCUCGGAAUAACUUCAUUACUUAUGGAGAAGCUGUGCAGAAAGUGGGGUGCUGGUUUCAUAUGGGGAAUCUCUAAUAUUUUUAUGGCUCUAUGUUUUCUUAGUAUCCUGGUUGUAACGUAUGUGGCAAACAAUAUGGGCUAUAUAGGUCAUAAUCUCCCACCAAAUAGUAUUGUAUCAGCUGCAUUGAUUAUUUUUGCUCUUCUUGGCGCCCCUUUGGCAAUUACUUACAGUGUUCCAUAUGCCAUGAUCUCCUCACGUGUUGAAUCUUUACAACUUGGUCAAGGUUUGUCUGUGGGUGUCUUGAACUUGGCAAUAGUUUUCCCACAGUUGGGAAAAGUAACUUGAGGUUUAAGUUCGGCACUGUCUGAUAACAACAGGCAUUAGAAGUGUUGGUUCGUAUUAUUUUGAAGCUAUGCACAUUAUGGACGUCAAUUAAAGGGACCAGUUAAUCUAUAAAAUAUCUUUUAAUGACCGCAUAAAAAUCAUGGAUGAAAUGCAUGAAAAAUCUAAUGUUGGAUGUGGUAUAACUUAUAAGGGCAGUUAACUUGGGAGAAAGAGAGCCCUCCCAACUUGUAUUUGCAAGAAGGAAAAUGCUGGAGGUCUUAUUCUGAACUAAUGAAGGAACAUUACAGUUUGUGUUCUCGGUCUAAUCAUUUGACUUUGUCAAAUGAGAAAGUGUCAAAUUUCGACUGGCCUCUUUCUGGGACAUACUAAGACAACUUCUCUUGAAAAUUCAGUGGUGGAUAUCCCCGUUAGUCAAUUUACUUUUUGUCUUGGGAAAAGAUUUAGGGGAUGCAGAUGAAAAUAUAUUUCCAUGUGGAAGAGAUCACAGGUAGAGGAUUAGAGUUUGUCCAUAUCUGUAGUCCUGCAGUCACUUUCCAAUAUGUAAUGGAUGAUAAUAGAAAUAAAAUAAUUUGACAUAAUACUUUGUUGUUUCUUCAAAACUUUUUGAUCGUUAGUGGACCUCUCUGUGGGAUUCAAUCCAGCUGAAAGAUUUGGCUGUUGCCUUAGGUAACAUUUUCAGGAACAUAUAUUGAUCUGUAAGAUAUGGUAGAGACUUUGAGGGCCACAUAGUAGUAAAACAUUUUAACCUUGAACAGUGAAGCAUUAGCUGAACAUAUUUUUUUCAUAGCCACAUGUUUUGGUUCUUUUUUUCCCCUUCUUUUGAGAUUUUGUCGCUUGAUAUUAAUUAUUUUCACCUCAAUUUCAGUUGCAUUCUUGUUUUAAACAAACACAAAUUGUAUUUCUGGAACCCAUGUAUUCUAUCUAUACAUAUAUAAUUCCACUUGGCUUUUCAUGUGAAGUGGGUUCUUCUCUAUUGGAGCUGAUAUCAUUUGUUAAUAACAAAAUUGAACUCACUUGCCACUUUUUUUCUCUGCCGUGUUUUCUUAUCUCAAUUUUCAUGCCAAACUGUGCACUUCUCAAUUAAAUUUUGAGGAAGGAUACAGAUAUAGUUGCUUUUCAUAAAUAUGAUAGUCUAGGAUUACAGCAGUGACUUAAAGGUUAGCAUUCUGCGGGACAAUCAUGUUUCACAAAGCCAUUAAUUUUCUUGGUCCCAUACAUUGUGCUUCUGUUGGCUUCAGAACAGAAGAGCUGGGUGGGGCUGGGUGCUUUGUUUGUUGAGAGAGUAAUUGAGUGAGACAUUCUGCAAGACUCAAGCUUGUUUGGGAUUGCAAUCACAAUUUUUUCUUUUUCAUUUGUUUUUCCUUAAUAUAUAAUAUAUAUAUAUCGACCUGAGGCUUGAUCUUAAAUAAUAAAAGUCAAGCAUUUAGUCUCUAGUGCAUGUCAUGUCCUGAAAAUGUUGUAUAUGCUGUUAUACUUGCAACCCAAUUGUUUUUCCAAUGGACUGGAGGGAUUCUAUCAUCUGGUAUUAAGAAAUUCUUUUAACUAAUUGAUCUAAUAUGCGUUAAGCUAUUUCAAUCACAAUACUUGCUCUCAUGAUGACAUGUACAAGAAGUUGUGGUAGAAUGUUAUUAGUAACUUGUCAACCAUUUUUUUCUUAACCUUUUCAAAGAGAUUUUAUUCACUAAUUUUAUUGUUUCUGA